AUGUGUAGACACUCUGAGUCCCGCAGUCGUAUUGCGAAUCGGGGCCGCGUCGAACGCAACGUAUUUGAAUAUAACGUGGACGGCGAAUGCUGGCUGGGUUCGCGAGCAAGCAAACUACGCAUCAAUGACAACAUGGCAGAGGCAAGCGAAGCACUUCGGUUUGUCGGAGAGGCUGCAUGUGUUUUUCGCGAUGUAUCCCGACUUAUCGAGGAUGAUCUCAAGAAGAUAGAGGACGCCGCUCGCGUAUGGGACUAUGCAGUAAAGAAGAUGAAAGAUAUGCUGGAUCAGAAUGCUAGAACCAUCAAGAACAACGAUGAUACCAUAUGCCAAGCCGAACUCAUUCUGAGAUUGAAUGAGGCAGUUAUGCAAGAGCACGGUGCUGAGCUGGCAAAGAACGCACAAGAAAUUCAUUUGUUGGAGAUCAUUUUGGAGAUGAUGGAUCAGGUAUCGCCGCAGUCCCCGAUGGGCGCUCAGCCUUGUCACGAGGGGCAUUGA